CCACCGAAAAAGAUGGCUUCCUGGACGUUGACAAAGCACCUCCUCUCCAUCAACAAGGAGCAAUUCACUCGCGCAACACAGUCUAAGUUUCUCCAAUGUGCGGCUUCGGGAAAUCUAUCGAAGAGCACCAUAUCACAUUGGCUUGCAAAUGACAGGCUCUACAUGCAGGGCUACAUCCGCUUGACCGGGGAACUUCUUCGUAUUCUGCAACUGCCUUCUAAGCCAACAGGCAGCAAAUAUGCCGGUACUACCGAGAUCAAACUGUUGGAUUGGUUGGUCGAUGCACUUGUCAACAUCCGCCGAGAAGAAAGGUUCUUCAUGGACGUGGCGGAGAGGUACGAUCUAGAUGUUGAUCUCACAGAGUCUGAUGGCUUCACUGUACAGGAAACGCGCAAAUUGGAAGGAUUGAAGAGAUUUGAAAAACUGUUCGGAAGCUUGACGACUGGAGGUGCAAAAGAUUCGCUGCUUCCGUGGCUAGAGGGCGUAGUCUUGUUCUUCGCGACCGAGAAAGUGUACUUUGAAGCUUGGAGUUGGGCGAAAAGGCAGGCUGAAGAAGAAUCAGCCAGUAAAGCAUUUGAUUCUGACGAGGAUGGAGGAGCUAUGAGAAAGGAGUUCAUUCCGAAUUGGACGAAUGAGGAGUUCAUCAAGUUUGUGGAUACUCUCGAGAGUCUUCUUAACGAAGGGGUUCAAGAGGUGAUUGGGCAGGAUCAAAAUGCGAAAGAGCAAAUCGUGAAGAGAGCAGAGCACACAUGGAGACAGCUUCUAGACGCUGAGGAGGCUUUCUGGCCGAAUGUAUAA